AUGUCGACGGAGAGAGCAGAAACCCAAGAGUACAUAAACGGGAUGAGACCUGGACCCCUGACGAGGGAGAUUCCCGAGUGCAUGAGGGACAAAUACACCAUAGUGCAAGCUGUCCUGGACGUCAUAGCGUUUUGGAUUCUCGUAACAGGAUACGUCAUUAUGGGAAUAUACAGGUCGAUAGUUGGAUACCCGAAGAAGGAGCUUAAAGACAGCAUAGCGGUCGUUACUGGCGGCGGCGGAGGCCUGGGCAGCUUGGUAGCUCUGAGGCUGGCAAGACUCGGCUGCACUGUGGUCUUAUGGGAUAUCAAUAAGCAAGGUCUGGAGGACACUGUCAAACUAGUCAAGGGUAUUGGGGGGAAAUGCCACGGGUACGUCGUGGACCUGGCGAGUCGAGAGGACAUCUACAGGGUAGCGAAGACAGUUCACGAGGAAGUCGGGAGAGUAAGUUUGCUGAUCAAUAAUGCCGGAGUCGUAUCAGGACAGUACUUACUAGAUACACCAGAUCACCUAAUAAAGAGGACCUUCGACGUCAACAUUUUGGCACAUUUCUGGACCGCGAAAGCCUUCCUGCCCGCCAUGAUCGAGCACAAUAACGGCCACAUAGUGACCAUAGCCUCGAUGGCCGGACACGUGGGCGUGGCCAAGCUGGUCGACUACUGCUCGUCGAAGUCCGCCGCGUGCGGCUUCGACGAAGCCCUCAGGCUGGAGCUGGAAGUGCGCGGGGUGAAGGGGGUGCACACGUCGCUCAUUUGCCCCUACUUCAUCCGUUCGACGGGGAUGUUCGAGGAAGUGAAUUCUAGG